CGCUUCUCGUGAUCAACAUGCCUCAUACAAAGUUUUUUGAAAAGAUUAAGAGUAUGUAUUUGUAACAACAUGACACUCCUUUAUACAGCUAAUGCUUAUGUUUCGAUUAUAUCACUACUGUCUGCCAUGACAAACAAACGCCUCCGCCACCGAUGAGCCACAUAAAAACCUGUUGUAUUCAUCGAAAGUUUCCUAGAGGAAAUGAAUGCUUAGUAGAUUAAUUAUUACUGGAUUUCGGUGGUGCAGUUUAGAUUUUUAUUACCUUCUGGCACCGGUGUCGCUGUGUAGUGUGUAUAACAGUUAAGUGUUGCCACAAUUACAGAUCAGUUAUUUAUUCUACGGGCACGUACGCGCAAAACGGUGUUAUAGAACUAACUAGGACUUAGUAAUCUGUGAUCUCCAAGAUGUCCUUGAACUGGAAUGGAGUAUACAAACACGAAUCAGAUGAGAAUCUGGAAGCCUAUGAACGUGCACGAGGUGUUACAGACGAUCAGCUAAACGUAAUCCUUAAUCAACAUCCCGUUGUGGAAAUCCGGCAAGAUGGGGAUAUCUUUUAUAUGAAAACCACGCUAAAUUUUAGACCCGUGCAAGAAUUGCGGUUUAGGCUGGGUCAACAAUGGCAGACUAAUACCCCGGAUGGACGGAAAGUGUCGAACGUGUUCCUUGAAGAAGGAAACCGCCUAAUACAGAGAAUGACUGACGAGGAUGGAAACUUCAUUGAGUAUGUCCGCGAACUGAAAGGUGACCGCCUUUACUUGGAGCUUAAGCGUGGGCCAAUUCUGGCUAGGAGAUGUUUCAAAAAAGUGCCCGGCUUAUAAGGAAACCGGCAAAAUUCAUCAAGAAGGGUCGUCUUCCAGAGACUGCCUGCCUGUAUGACUAGAUUCUAUUGCUGGAAUUUGUUAUUGUUUCAAUUGAUUAAAAUUGUUAGCGCUGGAUUGUGUCUCACCUUAUUUGAUAAAAUACGACGCUAA